GCUCGGGGCUGCUGCUCCCCCCGCUCCGCUCCGCUCCGCCGCCCUUUGGAGCCGGGGCGCGGCACCCGCAGCCCCGGGGCGCUGCGGGGAGCGGGCGGCGAGCAGCGGCCGGUGCUGGGGCCGGAGGAGCAGCCCUCCCUUAGGCAUGGCAGCCCCGCGGCUCACCGAGAGCACCAUCACAGUGGAAGGCCAAACCCUGUUCUACCGCCAAGCUGAGCCGGCCAAGCAGGCACCGAGGCUGCCGGUGCUGCUGCUGCACGGCAUUCGCUUCUCCUCCGACACCUGGCUGCAGCUGCGGACACUCGCCACGCUGGCCGAGAACGGCUACCGAGCUGUGGCUAUCGACCUGCCGGGUAAGGCGCUGUGGUGAGCACAGGCUGGAGCCAGGGGGAGCACAUAGAGCUGCUCGGGUUUGUGGUGCCAGGAUGGCGACCCCGGCAUCCCGCUGUGCUGGCUUCUGGUCACUAGGCGGCUGGGACAGUGACAGAGCAACUUCUGUCUCCCAUGGCUCAGGGCUGGGCCGCUCGAAGGAUGCUGUAGCCCCAGCACCCGUGGGCCAGCCAGCGCCCGGGGCUUUCCUGAGGGCUGUUUCGGAGGCUCUGUGCCUUGGUCCAGCCGUGGUGAUCAGCCCAUCGCUCAGCGGCAUGUACUCCCUGCCCUUCCUCUUCCAGCACAACCACCUGCUCAAGGCGUAUGUGCCUGUGGCACCCAUCUGCACCGAGAAAUUCACUGCGGAGCAAUACGCCCAGAUCGAAACCCCCACGCUGAUCGUUUAUGGGGACCAGGACGUGGAGCUGGGGCAGAGCAGCCUGAACAACCUGCAGCACCUCCCCAAGCACCAGGUGCUGAUGCUGCAGGGCGCCGGGCACCCCUGCUACCUGGACAAGCCCAACGAGUGGCACCACGGGCUCCUGACCUUCCUGCAGCAGCUGGAAUGAGCAGGAUGGGCUGUAUGGAGGGGCCCAGGGGGCAGGGGGAUGUGACCAGCCCUCCCACCCCUCCACUUGCACACACACCCGUGUGCCAACCGAGCCCUGCUGCACCAUGCUGGGUCCACGCCGUGCCACCCCUUC